UGUUUAAAUUCUCUUUGGACACAGUAUCGUCUUUCAGUUUAUUUUACAAGAACUCGCAUUUUACUAUUUUUUAAUUUUUAUAACUAUUUUUAGGUUGUUUUACUAUUUGAUAUAAACUAUAAAAUAUUUGUGUUUAUAAUAACAAAGUAUUUUAUAUAUCUUUAAUACAGUCUGCUAUUUAAUAUAAUCCAGAAUGAGUAGAAAACAAAAUUCCAAACAAAAAGAAAAUAAAUUUAAUCAAAUAAAACGCAGAGAAUUAUCUAUUUUAGUGCAGAAAUUAGCAAAAUUAACCUCGGUAUUUUAUGGAGCGGAGAAAGUUACCAAAGUGUGGGACCGCCAUACAGAAAUAGAUCGUAUUUUAACAGAAAUAAUUCAAUUGGAAACUCCAUACAGAAAGCAAGAAAUAAAUUCAAGAGAAUCAAGUAUAGAAAAGUAUGUCAGUUGGCUGGAAGAGAAUGGUGCACAAUUUGAAGGUGUGGCAAUAUCAGCAUUUGAUGGAUAUGGCCUAGGAUUGAAGGCACUAAAACAUUUUCCAGACGAAUCACUUAUCCUUACAAUUCCCGAAAAAGUGAUGAUGACUGAACAAGAUGCUUAUAAUUCAGAACUUAGUGGAUUUAUUAAAAAAGAUCUCUUGAUGCAAACGAUGUCUAAUGUGUCUUUAGCAUUGUUUCUUCUCUUAGAGAAAAGUAAACCAGAUUCCUUCUGGAAACCCUAUAUUGAUAAUUUGCCGGAAAAAUACUCUACAGUCCUAUAUUUUACAUUAGAUGAAUUAGCAGAAAUAAAACCCUCGCCCGUAUUUGAGGUGUCGUUGAAUUUAUACACAAACAUAGCGAGGCAGUAUGCAUACUUUUGGCGGGAAAUUUUCGACGCCAAUACACCUGAACUGAAGAGUCUUCGGGAUACAUUUACCUUUGAAAACUACAGAUGGGCUGUCUCAACCGUGAUGACCCGGCAGAAUCGGAUACAGUUGGGAGAUAAGAACACAACGGCGUUUAUUCCACUCUGGGAUAUGUGCAAUCAUGAAAACGGAAAGAUAACAACAGAUUUCAACAAGGAGUUGCGUCGUGGCGAAUGUUUCGCUCUCCGAGAUUUCCAGCCCGGCGAACAGAUCUUUAUAUUUUAUGGAGUACGAUCCAAUGCUAAUCUAUUUCUACACAAUGGAUUUGUGUAUCCGAAUAACAAGUUCGACACCCUCUCUCUCUAUCUGGGCGUGAGCAGCAACGACCCGCUCCGUGAAGGGAAACUGUCACUCCUGAAGAAGCUGGGUCUCGCCAACAUCACUCACUACCAGCUCACCAACAACGAGGUUCCUCUCAGCCCCGAACUCUUGGCUUUCAUACGAAUCUUCAAUAUGAAUAAAGAGGAUCUAGAGAAGUGGCUCGACAAAGGCGUUCCGGGAGAUCUGGUAUCGUUGGAAGCGUCCAGCGCAGAAGAAGUCGGCUGUGACAUAAACAAGCGGUCAUACAAGUACCUGUUGACGAGGUGUCAGCUCUUGUUAGCUGUGUAUAAGAAAACAGGGAUGCAAGAAAAGACCGAUAGUCCUGAUACCAUAAACAGGAAAAAUGCUAAACUUCUGAAACAGUGUGAAGUCCAGUUAUUAGAAGGAGCUAUCAAAUAUUUAACUCAAGCCUUAGAACAAUUCCCGCAAGAUGAGUCGAAGUGAACAUUUCAUAUCUAAUCAUAGAUAUUUAUAUUUGUUUUUUGUGGUGAAUACCAAGGCUUGAAAAUAGAUAAAUCUAAAAUAUUAAACCGAAAUUAUAUAUUAUGGUUAAUUCAAUGACGUGCUAUAUACAUUUAAAGACAUAAUCAUUCGCAGUCUGAUAGCGAAACGGCAUAAUUGUGCUUAAAUACAAUAUAAGCACACUUUUCUCCUCAUUCGUGUGUCAACUGUCACUGUCUGAAUCAAAUCUAAAGUAAAUAAAUGUUUAUACAUUGCUGCUUUUAUUGACCAACAAUAUUUUAAACAACUGGAGUAAAUGCCGCAAUGUAUAGAUAUAGCAGUGGAAGCUGAAUAAGGUGUAAUUUGUGGCAAGUUCCUUCACAGCGGUUUUUUUUUACAUCGCCGAGUCUUUUUACAGGGAAAAGUAUAAAUUUUAUUGAUAUUUAGCUCCAUCAUACUAGACAUUCGUACUGUCUAUAAUUUGGUUGGUUGGUACUUUCGACUCGUUUGGACUCUUGCGGUUAAUUGGUUAAUGAGGGUUAUAAAACAAGUCCCUUACUGUCUUAUUAAUAAACGCAUUGUAAAGUUACUCCAAGUUUAAAAUUACUUCUCCCUGUCAUGUUAUUCCAUAGUGACAAAGUUAAGAUAAGGACAAUGAGUUUUAAAUUUGGAAUAACUUUAUACUGCGUUUUUUAAUAAGUAGGCGUUACUUUGCGGAAAUUCAUAAUUAUCCAAAUGAUUUGAGUUUUCUUUGGUGUUACCGAUAAAUUUGAUAAAUUUUGUUUCAUUUGUACUUGCCUUAUGUUUAAUUGUAUAUAAAAUCGUUAUAUUUUGUAUUAUAUUCACUCCUACUUUGUUUAUAUUGAAGUGGAAACUUUAUUGGCUUGUGUAAUAUAAAUUAUGUGUUACAAUGUGUAUAUAACUUAAGCUGUUUGUUUUCCAAUAAAUAAAAUAAAAUAAAUAAAUAAAUUCCGCCAAUAUUUGUCUUUAAACAAUUCAAAAUUUUUAAAAACAUAGUUUGGAUUUACACUCCGAAGGAAAUACUCGUUUUUUACCGUUGAAUAUAGAACUGGUUCCAAGCCUUGGUGAAGCCUAGUCAAUAGUGAAAAAAAAGUAAAAUACUAAUAGUACUUGCAAUUACAGACCAGUACAGUUAGCAAAAAAAGUAUUAGUAGCUUUCGCUUGCAAUUCUACUCUUUGAUUGUUUCGAAUAUGUUGUUUUAUUAAUUUGGUACGGGUUUUUGCACGCAGUACUGCCUAAGAAUAAGGUAGUAGUAAGUCUUUCGAUUUGGCUUAAACCAUAGUUUCUCAACCUUAUUUUGCUCACCGCCCACUUUAAGAAUAUGUUUUUUUUUAUUUUACUUUAGUACGUGAUUAGCGUGUAUUUUUUAAUCUACCCACGCCUUAUUUGCGCCAUCUCAAUUCCCUCUAAUUUUCUCUGGGUCUUCUACUGCCCCCCCGAAAGUCUCAAACGCCCACAAGGGGGCGUUAUCGCCCACGUUGAGAACCUAUGGCUUAAACCAUAUUAUAUUGUCAAAGUAAAUCAAAUUUACUAACUAGUAUUAUAAAGCACUGUAUGUUAAGUCAUAUUAAUUUAUUUAUACGCUCUCUCAAUCAUGUAUUAUUAUUUUGUUAUUAUAAAUAUUUUUUUAUAUAUAAUCAUCUGUUUUAAGUUUUUUGAUUGUUGUUUAGGUGUGCGCUUUAUAAAUGUGUUGAUUUAUAAAAA